GAAAGCAUCGUGUGGAGACGCCUUCCUAUUUCGUGGUGUGAAGGAAGGCAGUGCAUGAAUUACUGUCACAAAACACUGUCAAGCCGCACACUUGAAGACAACUUCUGGAAAUGGCUCAAGAGGACCAGAGUGAGACGUCACAACAAACUGCAGCCAGUGAUGAAGAGAAAGGGACGGAGAGCCAGGCCUCCCCUUCCGUCAUUGAGAUUCACGACUCCAUGACUGAAUGUGAGGAAGAAGCGAGGCCCGAUGUGGUGCAGAUGGAGGAGAAGGCAUUUGUAUCACGUCUGCACUCUUUUAUGAAGGACAGAGGGACACCCAUAGAGAGGAUCCCACAUCUGGGCUUCAAGCAGAUUAAUCUAUGGAGGAUUUACAAAGCUGUGGAGAAACUCGGGGGCUAUGAUUCAGUCACAGCGCGUCGUCUUUGGAAGAAAGUGUAUGAUGAGCUGGGAGGAAGUCCAGGUAGCACCAGUGCUGCUACUUGCACCCGCAGACACUAUGAAAAGCUGGUUCUGCCCUUUGAAAGACACAUAAAAGGAGAGGAGGACAAACCCCUGCCUCCAAGCAAACCUCGGAAGCCAUAUAAGAGAAAUUUGGAUGCCAAGGUCCAUAAGGCUGAGAGGAAGAGGAAAAAGACUCACUCAGACAGAGAGAUGGAUUCUGAGAUACUCACCCAGAGAAGUCCAGAUGCUGCCUGUCAAAGUGAAGCAGUGAUGCACCUUGACCCUUCUCUUUGGACUGCCACCUCUGACAGACACCAUCCAGACUGCUCUCAGCCAAACAGAGCCACCACCAAUCUUUGCACUUCUGUUUAUGCUCGCCUGGUCCACGUUCCUACAUCCAACCCCUGGACUCACAUCCCAUCUGUUGCCGGAGAGGUCAUCUCUCCUCUGGAGAAAAAAAAGCGAAUGGCUCAGGCUAGCCUUAACUUGCCCAUGGGUGCUCAGAGUGAGGAUAAAGAAAGGCCCUCCGUCAUUCACUGCCCCCAGUCUCCGGCCCAAGCUUCUUCCAGCCAGAACUGCAACUCCUCUGAUGGCUCCCCCGUCCCUUUGUCCUCUGCCUCUUCGUGCAGCCCUUCACCUUCCUCUGUUUCAUCAGAGGACGGUACAACAGGGACUGAAGACAAACUUGCAUCAGGCUCCAAGCUACAGCAUAACUGUUCCAGCUCUGAGAAAAAUACAUAUACCUCAAGUGAGGAAAGCAGGUCUGUGAGCUGUAGUCAGAUAUCCAAAGAAGGACAGAAUAAAGAUGUUUCUCAUGGCAGCUCCCAAUCCACAGACUCAGUCAAAGUCCAGACCAAAGACUCUACCUGGAAGCCAAUCCCCAAAGGGGGUGGCAGAUAUUUCUAUCAUCCUUUCCAUUCACCCCCCUCUUUCACUGUGAAAUCUGACUGGGCUCCAACAUCUACCUCUAGUUUCACCAAGGUUAUUCCAAAAUCCAUGCAGCCACUGAGGCCUGCUCCCGUUCGGCCAGGGUAUAAAACCCAUCAGGGCAGGUUGAUGCAGCAGGACGACUCUUUGACGUGUGCUAAGAAGAUGAGCAACAUGGGUUCGUGGCUUUAUCAGCCAGAGAAGAGGGAGAAAUCUAGGACAAUGCUUCAAAAAGUCCCAGCCACUCAACAGAAUCUGUCCCAUUCCCCCACCAGCCUGUCGAUGUCAUGCAUCCUGUCAAACUACGACAAAUCAGGGAGAGACUCUCGGCACCAGCCUCCAUUACACCCUGCAUUUCUCCCUAGCAGAACGAGACUACCUCAGUCGCAGCUAAUGUACCGUCAUAUCCCACUGAACCAGGCUCACUCUGCUCUCAUUGGGCCUGCCAUUUAUCCAUAUCCCUACCCCAUUUCUCUGUUAAAUUCCCAAACUGGAUAUGCCCUACCUGCCAUGAAUCCCAUUUAUCCUUACAAAUUGUGAUUCUUUGUAUGUUAACUCCAGACUUCAAUAAUUGUGACUUGACAAAAAAAUAAAUGAAGACAGCCAUUGA